AUGAUAAAUCUUUUGCUUGUAAAUUCAAUGAAUGAAUUACCUCUCGACACUUGUGCUGCUUCAAUAGAUGCAUUUGAGAGUCAGAUAAUCGGUCUGGGGUCAUUGGUGGUAAUGCCAUUGGUGGGAAAUCUUUCAGAUAAAUAUGGAAGAAAAGUGAUGCUCACCGUCCCAAUGACUUUUGGGAUACUUCCUUUAGCCAAGGCCUUUUCUUUCUUCGGUGUGUUGCAAGAGGUUUUUAAUGGAAAUAGAAGUGUAAAAUUUGGAAAAAGUUCUGAACUUGAGCAAGAGAGGAAGAAAAUUAAUUGUUUAUUUUGCUUCUUUAGCGAUAUUUACAUUGAUAAUUUGCUAUCUUGUAUGCCAUCAUUUUGCAGCUCCACAUUUUCAAAAGCAGCUGCCGUUGCAUUCUUCGUCACAGUUGCAGAUGUUGGCCUUUACGCUUCUUUAAAUUACUACUUAAAGGCUCAAUUUCACUUCAACAAAGAUGAAUUCGCUGAUCUGAUGAUAAUUGCUGGGAUAGCAGGGUCAAUAUCACAGUUGAUUAUCAUGCCCAUAUUAACUCCUCUAUUGGGAGAAGAGAAGAUGCUUUCAAUAGGGCUCCUUUUCAGCUGUGCUCAUGUAAAUACAUUGCCAUUUGACUUAAUGGGCUUUGAUACUAUGUUAAAACUUGGGGUCUAUCUUAAAAGGGUUUUAAGGGCUUCUCAUUUUCUCUGGAAAAGAAAACCUCAAAUGGAACAUCCAGUAAUGCUCACGAUUCUAAAUUUGCAGGUUCCUUAUGCUGCAGCCAUGAUCUCUGUUGUGGCUACUUUUGCAAUGCCAUGUUUAAGGAGCAUUGCUUCCAAACAAAUUGGACCCAAUGAACAGGGAAAGGCUCAAGGGUGCAUUACAGGCAUAUGUUCCUUUGCCAAUAUUGUUUCUCCACUUGCUUUCAGCCCUUUAACAGCUUUGUUCUUAUCAGAUGGUGCACCAUUCCAUUUUCCAGGAUUCAGUAUUAUGUGCUCUGGCUUUGCUGCAAUGAUAGCAUUCAUUCAAAGCAUCAUGAUAAAGGCAGCUCCUCCUACUACAAGUUGCACCAUUGCCCAUACCUACUCUGUAGAGCCUUAGCUUUAAUUCCAGUUUCAUGGCAACCCAUUUUGGCCUCUCUAAAUCAUUCAAUUUUAGAAGUCAAUCUUGGAUGCUAUGUGGAAUCAGAGACUCAAGUCAGGAUUUGAAAUACAAAAAGGUGUAUUAAUGUCUGUAUUUAUUGUUAUUGGUAAUCUUUUUAUUUGGAGUCAAUAUUUCUGUAAGGUAGGAAAGAAAAUAGUGUGGAUGAAAAAGAAAAAUGCAGCCUAUGGUUAUAAGAUGUAGAGAACUAGUUUUUGUUAAUUUGCUAUCAAAUUUUUAGGAGAAAAUAAUAUCUUCAUUCUUUCUUUA